UUGAACGUCGCUCAACCGCUCUCUAAACCUCUCUCGCUCUUCACAGCCUUGUCAACAUGGGCAGCGCCGCAUCCAGCGAAGCCAAGACCGCAAUGGAGGGCAAGACCCCUGAGGAGAUCGCAGCAGCCUUGAAGGAGUUGCCCCCAGAUCAGUUGGCCAAGAUCAAGGCUUGUGUGGAGAAGAAGGAUCCAUGCCCAGGACCUGUGGAUUGCAGCAGCAUCACAGUCGUGGCCAAGGACUACAAGGGAAUGUUGGAGCAACCUUCAGCACCAAAGUUCAAGGGUGCGCUCGCUCAAAUCUAUGUGCGAAGCCAGCCCUAUGGAGGUUCGGACAAGAGCAACAAUGGCCAUCGAUAUGACUCCAUUCCGAUCGUGAACGGUAUGAUUUCUGCGGGAAUGAGCUGCCAGUUGAUCCAUUACACCCAUGAGGAGCACGACAAGUUCUUUGAACUUUGCAAGCAGUUUGACUUCAUCAUUGUGCGCUGCAAUCCAGGACAGAUCAAGGCUGACGGCGGAGACCAGCAGAAAUUUGAUGACGGCAUGAGAGCUAUGAGGAAGGCCGGCAAGCAGGUUUGGCCAUCUCCCGAUGUCAUGGAGAAGAUGGGCGCCAAGGAUGCUCUUUGCAAGGUUGCAACUAUGAACAUUGGUUUGGAGGACACAUUGGCGUAUUACUCUCCUGAAGAGUUUGCCGCUGGUUUCAAAAAAACUAUGGCAUUCCAGCCGCGCGUCAUCAAGCAAAAUCGCGGCUCUUCUGGAGAGGGCAUUUGGAUUAUCAAGCUCAAAGAGGAGAACUAUUGCAAGGAGUAUGGAGAGAGGAUCUGUGAGGACGGUGAGAAGUUGAUGCUCAUGGAGGCCAACGACAACCACGAAGAGGAGCGAGUGGGCGGGUGCGGUCAUCAUGGGAGCUCGAUUCUACGGAAGUUUGUUUGUGUUUUGUCACUAGCUAUUCAUUCUUUCUCUUUCCUUCCUUUCCUUCCUUUCCUUCCUUUCCUUCCUUUCCUUCCUUUCCUUCCUUUCCUUCCUUUCCUUCCUUUCCUUCCUUUCCUUCCUUUCCUUCCUUUCCUUCCUUUCCUUCCUUUCCUUCUUGUCCUUUCUUUCCUUCCUUUUUCCUUUCUUUCCUUUCUUUUUUUCUUGCCUUGCCUUUUCUUUCCAUUCUUUUCUUUCUUUCCUUGCUUUCCUUUCUUCCAUCUUUUCUUUCUGUCUUUCUUUCUUUCUUGCCUUUUUCUUUGUCUUUCUUGGCCUGCCAGGUCUCUGCAUUUUGUGUUUUCUCCCUUCUUCUUCUCUUCCUCCCUUCCUCUCCAGACGCCAGACCCCUUUUUUUAUCUGCAAAGUUCCUUCACUUUCUUAGAAAGAUUGCCCCCAAGCGUGAGCUGCCCUUUGAAAAGGUGGCAACUAAACUUGUUGCCCUGCAGAUGA